AUAUUCAGAAAGAAGUGGCCAUUCAAAUUCUUACGGAAUUAGUCACAGGAGCUGCGCAUUACGAAGCCCAGUUAUCGCCUCAUUCUGCCUACAUUUCAAAGUCAUAUCCAGGCUCUGUCAAGAUCACUUUUAUUAGGCUACAUUUUCGUUGAAGCUAAGAUUGAACAGUCAAGAUGAAAGUUGUUGGAUCUACCUGUGCCCUGAAGAGCAAGGUUGGGAGCGACGACGUGGUGCGGUGCCUCUCUGAUCAGAGUCUGACUAUCUCCAAAUGUAAGAUCCCAUUGUUGGAUGAACAGAUGAGCGCAUUUCUUCAAGACAUGAACAGCUGCUACAGCAAGCUAAAGGAGCUUGUGCCCACUCUGCCGCCGAACAAGAAGGCCAGCAAGGUAGAGAUCUUACAGCACGUCAUCGAUUACAUCUGGGACCUCCAGGUCGAACUGGACUCGCCAGGCAUGAACCGUCAACAGGGCACAACCGGGUCAUCUCUCACCCGCACACCUCUGACAACUCUCAAUGCAGAACUCAGUAGCAUCUCUGUGGAGAAUGGUUGUUCAGACGACAGAAUCUUGUGCCGCUGAUCUCAUGCGUUACCAGCACAGCAGUAGCAAGAUCACGGUUGCCAAUGGAGACGUCGCGGACGCAUCGUGAGCCUAGAAUCAAGAGGCUAGUAAAGCCAGAACCUCAUUCGAAGAGACGCUGGCCGUGAGAGCAAGAGACUGAGAAUGGGAUUGUCGUAUUCAGAGCGUCCCCGGACUGAACUGGAAGUCCCCAGACCGAAAUGAAACGGGAGUUUAGAUCUAGCAUUUUGGAGUCAAAGGUUUAGCGCUCAGAACAGUUACUUCGUGUAAAGGAUUUCAUUUGAAAGUCUAUAUCUUUUUUUAUGCCUUCCUAUUCUCUUUUUGUAUUUUGAAUAAUGUACAUAUAGAGAAUGUCCUUAUGUUUUGUUAAAAAAGAAUGUCAACUUCUCAGAUUGCUGAGCUAAUUUGUAUUGUAUAUUACAAUGCUUUACAAUAUCAACACUGAUAUUGUUCUAUUACAAUGUACCUAAAGGUGUUUUUAUUAAAACAGAUAGUAUUUUGGGAAUAAGUAUGCUCGUCUUCAGUUAUUUUGACUGUGUGAUACAGUUGGUUAUUCACUGCAUCUUAGUAUUCUAACCAGAGAAGUCAAAAUAGUAAAAAACUUUACUGGAAACAGUUAAAUUGCCUUACACAGACUGUUACUGAUUCAUUGGAAAGGGCUAAAUACUGUAGGAGACAGAGAAUAUUUUGUUCACUAUGA